AUGCGCGGCUCGCUGUGCCUGGCGCUGGCAGCGUCGAUCUUGCACGGUAAGUCGCCGGUCUCUCCACCCGUCACUCUUGCUCCGUGGGAUCCCAGGCGCAUCCCAGGCGGCUCGGGGCGCCCCGCGCCGGGCGAAGUGUCCCUCCAAGGCGAGUUCCAGAGGAAGCUCUACAAGGACCUGGUGAAGAACUACAACCCGCUGGAGAGGCCGGUGGCCAACGACUCGCUGCCGCUCACAGUCUACUUCUCCCUGAGCCUCCUGCAGAUCAUGGACGUGGAUGAGAAGAACCAAGUGUUAACCACCAACAUUUGGCUACAAAUGACUUGGACAGAUCACUAUUUACAGUGGAAUGCAUCCGAGUAUCCAGGCGUGAAGACUGUUCGUUUCCCAGACGGCCAGAUCUGGAAGCCAGACAUUCUCCUCUACAACAGUGCUGAUGAACGUUUUGAUGCUACGUUCCACACCAAUGUGUUAGUGAAUUCUUCUGGGCACUGCCAGUACCUCCCUCCAGGCAUCUUUAAGAGCUCCUGCUACAUCGACGUGCGCUGGUUCCCCUUUGAUGUGCAGCAGUGCAAACUGAAGUUUGGGUCCUGGUCUUAUGGAGGAUGGUCCUUGGAUCUGCAAAUGCAGGAGGCAGACAUCAGCGGCUAUAUCCCAAAUGGAGAAUGGGACCUUGUGGGGAUCUUGGGCAAGCGGAGUGAGAAGUUCUAUGAGUGCUGCAAAGAACCCUACCCAGACGUGACCUUCACAGUCACCAUCCGCCGCAGGACUCUCUACUAUGGCCUCAACCUGCUCAUCCCCUGUGUGCUCAUCUCUGCCCUAGCCCUCCUCGUUUUCUUACUCCCUGCAGACUCUGGAGAGAAAAUCUCCCUGGGGAUCACAGUUUUACUCUCCCUCACCGUCUUCAUGCUGCUGGUAGCUGAGAUCAUGCCUGCGACCUCUGACUCAGUGCCCUUAAUAGCCCAGUACUUCGCCAGCACCAUGAUCAUCGUGGGCCUCUCUGUGGUCGUCACGGUGAUCGUGCUACAGUACCACCACCACGACCCUGAUGGUGGCAAGAUGCCCAAGUGGACCAGAGUCAUCCUCCUGAACUGGUGCGCCUGGUUCCUUCGCAUGAAGAGGCCGGGGGAGGACAAGGUGAGGCCGGCCUGCCAGCACAAGCAGCGCCGCUGCAGCCUGGCCAGCGUGGAGAUGAGCGCAGUGGCGGGGCCGCCGGCCACCAAUGGCAACCUGCUGUAUAUCGGCUUUCGCGGCCUGGACAGCAUGCACUGCGCGCCCACCCCUGACUCAGGGGUCGUGUGCGGCCGCGUGGCCUGCUCCCCCACCCAUGAUGAGCACCUGCUGCACGGCGGCCAGCCCUCUGAGGGGGACCCGGACCUGGCCAAGAUCCUGGAGGAGGUGCGCUACAUCGCCCACCGCUUCCGCUGCCAGGACGAGAGUGAGGCCGUGUGCAGCGAGUGGAAGUUCGCGGCCUGUGUGGUGGACCGCCUGUGUCUCAUGGCCUUCUCCGUCUUCACCAUCCUCUGCACCAUCGGCAUCCUGAUGUCGGCACCCAACUUCGUUGAAGCUGUGUCCAAAGACUUCGCUUGA